ACGAGAUGAAGUGUUAAGUUUGAACACAACAGAAGCAUUUGGAGCAACAUCCAGAUUGUACAUUUUUCAAGAAGACCGACUAAUUUUGCGUAUGACAUUUAGCACAACAAUCAAUUCCAUUCAGCAGGAUGGCCAUGUGUGUGCUGUCGGAAACCCCGCUUAUCAAAUACGUGCGCGCGACUGGCGGUUGGAGAGGAGGCCGCGUCAAUUGCCCUCGCUGUCAAUUCGCCAGUGUGCAAACCAAAAUAAACAAGAACCCCACUUAGGAACACUCCACAUUUGUUAUACUGUGACAUUUUCAGUUCUCCUAGGCUUUGUGGAUCGGAGAAUGGCAGCUAAGGUGAAUGGCAGUUCAGCUCUGGUUAAAGAGGACGAGGAGCCCAUGGACAUAACUGUAACACACACAGAGCUCUACCAGACCCUCAUAGACGCAGGCCUUCCACAGAAAGUGGCGGAGAGCCUGGAUAAGAUAUUUCAGACUGGACUGGUGGCUUACACUGACCUGGACGAGAGAGCCAUUGACGCCCUCAGGGAGUUCAAUGAGGAGGGAGCCUUGUCAGUGUUACUGCAGUUCAAGGAGAGUGACCUGUCACAUGUGCAGAACAAAAGUGCGUUUCUCUGUGGCGUGAUGAAGACAUACAGACAGCGAGAAAAGCAAGGAAGUAAAGUUCAAGAAUCCACAAAGGGACCUGAUGAGACUAAGAUAAAGGCUCUUCUGGAAAGAACAGGUUACACUUUGGAUGUCACCACAGGACAGAGGAAGUAUGGGGGGCCUCCACCUGACGAGGUGUACUCAAGGGCCCAGCCUGGAAUCGGAACAGAGGUAUUUGUCGGCAAGAUCCCCAGGGACCUGUAUGAGGAUGAGCUGGUCCCUCUGUUUGAGAAAGCCGGUCCUAUUUGGGAUCUGCGUCUGAUGAUGGACCCCCUUCUCUCGGGUCAGAACAGAGGAUAUGCCUUCAUCACCUUCUGCAAUAAAGAUGCUGCCCUAGAGGCCGUCAAGCUUUGUGAUAAUUAUGAAAUCCGGUCAGGUAAAUACCUGGGUGUCUGCAUCUCUGUCGCAAACAAUCGUCUGUUUGUUGGGUCAAUUCCAAAGAACAAGACAAGAGAAAGCAUAUUGGAAGAUUUCAGCAAAGUCACAGAGAGCCUCAUGGAGGUGAUACUCUACCACCAGCCAGAUGACAAAAAGAAAAAUCGUGGCUUCUGUUUCUUGGAAUACGAGGACCACAAGUCUGCAGCCCAGGCCCGUCGGCGCCUCAUGAGCGGCAAGGUGAAGGUGUGGGGGAACCCUGUUACUGUUGAGUGGGCAGACCCAGUAGACGAACCGGAUCCAGAGAUUAUGGCAAAGGUAAAAGUGCUGUUUGUGAGGAACCUGGCCACACCAGUCACAGAGGAACUCCUGGAGAAAACCUUCUCCCAGUUUGGGAAGUUGGAACGGGUCAAGAAGCUGAAAGAUUAUGCCUUUGUGCACUUUGAGGACAGAGGUGCUGCCGUGAAGGCAAUGCAAGAAAUGAACAGCAAAGAAUUGGAAGGCGAGGAGAUAGAGAUUGUUCUGGCAAAGCCUCCGGACAAGAAGAGGAAAGAGCGGCAGGCCCAGAGACAGCCAUCCAGGACCACAGGGUAUGAUGAUUACUACUACUAUCCUGCUCCACGCAUGCCACCUCAAAUGCGUGGCAGGGGGAGAGGCGGGAGAGGUGGAUAUUCAUACCCACCGGACUACUACGGUUAUGAGGAUUACUACGAUGAUUACUACAGCGGUGGUUACGACUACCAUGACUACAGAGGUGGCUACGACGACCCUUACUACGGUGGUUACGAUGACGUCUACGUGCCGAGAGGAAGGGGCAGGGUGAAUCGAGGUGCCCCCCUCCCUGCCAGAGGCCGAGGACCACCACACCCUCGUGGCAGAGGUGGCUACGUCCAAAGGGGGGCUCCUAUGGGCGUACCGAGGGGGAGCCGUGGGGGCCGGGGAGGCCCGCCCCAGCUGCAGAGGGGCCGCGGCAUCAGAGGGGCCAGGGGGAACCGCAGGGGCAACGUGGGCGGGAAGAGGAAGGCUGACGGUUACAACCAACCAGACUCCAAGCGCCGGCAGACCAACAACCAGAACUGGGGCUCCCAACCCAUUGCCCAGCAACCCCUGCAACAAGGUGGCGACUAUUCUGGUAACUAUGGUUACAAUAAUGACAACCAGGAGUUUUACCAAGAUUCUUAUUGGCAACAAUGGAAGUAGAUAAAAAAAUGAACUUUUGAUUGCCUGUAUGUUAGAGCUGGGCGAUAUGGACAAAAAUCCAUAUCACGAUAAAUUGACCGAAUUAUCACGAUAACUAAAUUGAACGAUAUGUUUAACUUUAAAGGUCCAAUGCAGACGUUUUUAUCUCAAUAUCAAAUCAUUUCUGGGUAACAAUUAAGUACUAUACUGUGAUUGUUUCUUUUUGACCAUUUUAAUUGAAAACAAAAAUAGCUUCUUCAAAGCAAUUUUCAAGCAAGGAUUUUGCUAGGACUGUAUGGGAGUGGCUGUUAUUGGCAGAGAGAUUUAAAACUUUUUAUUGGUCUAUUAACCAAUUUACAGGCAGGCCAAAACAUUUUACUUUUCAAACAGCUCUUACACUAAAAUGGCAUUAUCAUAAUUUAUAAUCCCAUUUUUAGACUGCACUGGGCCUUUAAUGUGCACCACAUGUUUCGAUAUUACCCUUAAAACUGCUACUACUACUUUGAAUGAUAUACCUAUCAAUUUUCCCAUUAACAGUAACCCAUAUUAGCAAACGUAUAUCAUAAUCAACUAUAGCAGCAAAAUGUCCACGAUAAGUGGACGGUGUCGAUAAUUUUCCGUUUAUCGUCCCAGCUCUACUGUGUGUAUAUAUCAACCUUCACAUUCUAAGGAAAUAGUAACAAAAAAUACAUGUUUAAAUUGGCUUAACAUUACCCUUUUUGAAAUAUAGAUUGGUUUCACUACAGUAACCAAUAUGGAGCAACCAAUUGUACAUAUCAAAUAAUUUGCUUAAUUUGUUCUAAUCCUUUUUUGCUUUUCUUGUGGCUACUUGGGACAUUUUGGGCUUAAAAAGCAAGCCUAUUAUUUUUUUAAAGUAAAUUAUAAUUUAUAUAUUUUUUAAGUUGGCAUUUAUAGGAAAAAGUGGACAAUCAUUUAAAAAAAUAACAAUUAUUUGAGAAAGCAUUUGCAAUCAUGAGAACUAUUCAGUGACUGGCGACCAACCCCUUCCCAGAAUCCCCUCCUUAUUGGACAUUUUCCUCCCCUACCUCUGAUAGGUAGACAUAGGACAUUGCUUGUACAAGGCUUUAAAGUGAGAGCUGUUGCAGAGGUGGGUAAAAAAAAGGAAAAUUAGACUUUUUCAUGUACCGUAACAGUUGCGUUAAAGUUGUAUGUUUAGCAUUUGUAGAAGUAGACAAACUAUGUUUUUCUAAAUGUGUUACUACAACUUCAACUAUUUUCUCUCAAAUUUCCCCUUUUAGAUAAUGGGUCUGGCAAAAACUUAAUCGCCAAGACAAUUUGUUCUUUGUUGUGUUUGUAUUUAUAAAAAUGUUAUUGUUACCUUUCAAUAAAACUCAACCAUACUACAAUGAAUUAUCAGCUAUUUCAAAUUCAGUCGUGGAAUAUUUUGAUCAGACCAAUUUUUUAUCUCCAUGUUUGGCCUCGAAUGUGAGAUUGAAUUUUUUUAAUGAAAGACACAGUACAACUACAUGUAUUGAGAUCAAGUAGUUAUUUCACUGAUGUUGUGCUAUUCUGUUUUGGGCAUCUUUACACCAAAAAGUGUAAGUUGAGUGACCAACGCAUUUACACCAAACACCUGGCAGUUCACGCUAAUGUGCUCUUUCCUGGUCCAUCUAUUACCUGGCAAUAUAAAUAGUACAGCAUCUUUUUCUUACAUUUUUUUUAUCGUUUUGAUUUCUUAUUUAGCUACUCUCCCAUUUUAUUACAACUUAAGUUUUAUUUUGUGUUUUGUUUAAGUUUCUCCUUUU